AGGGCCAUUUCGGCAGAAGUCAGUUUGGCCCGCCAGAGCAGGAGGGAUGCAUGCACUUGCAUGGAUGCAGAGCAGCGCGCGGUUCAGCUGAGUGUAACUUCUGUGAGAGCCCGUAUCAAGCAGUGCGGGAAUGCGAGGCAGUGGAUCGCGGCGCUUGAAUUGUUCGGUGGGUUGACUGGUUCUUUGGUGCAAGUCAGCACUAUUGACUGUAAUGUCGCCAUAAGUGCCUGUGGCAAUGGCAGGCAGUGGCAGCGGGCGCUGUCGCUGCUGCGCGGCAUGCGGGCGGCGGAGGUGGAGUCCGACGUCAUAAGCUUUUCUGCUGGGGUCAGCGCGUGCGAAAGAGUGGGGCAGUGGGCGCGGGCCUUGUCACUGAUGGGGGACCUGCGCGAAGCGAAGCUGGAGCCAGACGUUGUGUUGUGCAACACUGCGAUCAGCGCAUGCGAGAAAGCUGGGCAAUGGCAGCAGGCGUUGUCCUUACUGAGGGAAUUCAGAAUUUCGAUGUUAGAACCAGACGUCAUCAGCUACAACGCGGGCAUGAGCGCUUGCGAGAAAGAUGGGCACUGGCAGCAGGCGGCUUUAUCUAGAACGAUGGCAGGAUACGCAAUUUGAAACACAUACCGCUCUAGCCGAGUAUGAGGAUGAGGACGAUGUUGGCUGGGCAGGCAGCUUGGACAGUUUCCCGCUCUGGCCGAGGAGAGGAGGCGGAGGAGUGAUGGUUGGAGGGGGAGAGAAGGUGACUACUCUCGCCGAGGAGAUCGAGGAUAUUCAUGUUGGUUGGAGAGAUCACUUGAAAAUUGAGCUGUGUGACGAGAGGUUGGAGCCAGACACAAUCAUCGCUACAAUGCUGGAAUCAGCGCGUGCGAGAAGGGUUGGCAGUGGCAGAUGGCGGUGUGGUUAUUGAGGCGUUUAUGCGACGGGAAGUGUGAGCCUGAUGUGAUCAGCUACAGUGCAGGGAUGAGUGCAUGCGGGAAACACGGUAAGUGGCAACAGGCAUUGGCGUUGUUGCAAGAGCUGUGGGAUGCAGCGUUGGAGCCAGAUGCCAGCAUCUAUAGCGCAGGGGUCAGCGCUUGCGAGAAAGGUGGGCAAUGGCAGCAUGCUUUGUCGUUGCUGAGCGAAAUGUCGAAUCUGAAGUUGGAGGCGGAUGCCAUCAGCAGCGCAGCUGGUAUCAGCGCGUGUGGAAAAGGUGGGCGAUGGCAGCAAGCGUUGUCGCUGCUAAGGGAGUCUCUGGAAGAGAAAUUAGAGCCAGACAUUGUUGGCAUCAACGCUGCCAUCAGUGCGUGCGAGAAAGGCGGGCAGUGGCAGCGCGCUCUGUCGCUGCUGAGGGGGGCGCGGAACAUGAAAUUGGAACCAGAUGUGAUAGCUUACAAUGCUGCCAUCAGUGCGUGCGAGAAAGGGGAGCAGUGGCAGCAGGCGCUUUCGUUGCUGAGGGAGUUACGGACAGUCGUGAUUGAGCCGAGCCUCUUCACCUACAACGCCGCGCUCAGCGCAUGCGAGAAAGGCUUGCAGUUGGAGCAGGCUCCGUCGUUGCCGAGAGAGUUACGGCGGGCAGAGCUGGAUUCGGACGCCAUCCGUCACAGUGCUGAAAUUAGCUCGUGGAAGGAGGGCGGGCCGUGGUGGCACGCGAUGGAGUUGCUGUCGGAGCUGCCUGGCGCGUGGCUGCAGCCCGACGUCGUCAGUUACAGCGCCGGGAUUAGUGUUUGCGAGAAGGCCGCGCACUGGCCGUACGCGCUGUGGCUGCUGAUGGAGAUGCGGGAGGCCGAGGUGGACCCCAACGACAUCAGCUACAGCGCCGGGAUCAGGGCGUGUGAGAGAUUCGGGCAGUGGAUGCAGGCACUGUCGUUGCUCGGCGAGGUGGAGGAGGCAGGCUUGGAUGCCGAUGUCAUCAUGUAUGCCUCCGUGACUGCCGCGUGCGAGGGAGGCGGGCAGUGCCACAGGACUGUGUCUCUGCUCGAUGAGGUUUCGGCGCUGUUGAAAUUGGGCCCUCUCGUGGCCAGCCGGAGCGAGAGCGCAUACGGGGCAGGUCGGCAUUGUUCGCAGACCGCAUUACCCGAGGCCAAGUCGGAGCCCGUCGACAUCAGAGCCUUCUUGCUGGAGAUGCCGUCGGGUUCGUGGAAAGCUCCUCCCCCCCUCUCCCUCCUCCCCCCCCGCCACCUCGCGGGCAUCCUACCUCACAAGCAAUCGAGAAUCACGAUUCAGGCAGCGCGUUUUUUGGGUACUGACGGACUGGGCUGGCGCGUCGCUCAUCCACCGCUGCUGGCAGCACCACCCUAGCCUGGGGACCCAGCGGGUGGAUAUGGACGACAGCUCAGGGCAAAAGCGGAAAUCGCGCGUGGUUUCGUGUCCCUCUCUCCAGG